AGUCUCAGUCGAACUCUUAGCGUGGUACCACGCAUUUGGCUCUUGCUGUUGCUUUAUUUAUUCCUCCACAAUACCACAGUCUUUCCACUCAUUUUAGCACGCAAAGAUCCAUAAAAUUUGUCAUCAAGUGGUGAAAGAGUUUCUAUAUUGUAUUGUGUGGUGUUGAUAGAAGAAGAAGAGGAAUUUCGCGAUCAUCUGUGACUUUGCUGCGAAUUAAUUGGCUCUUCAAUGACAAUCCAUCAGAACCUUCGAAGAUCCCACAGAAAGCUUUGUGGUGAAAGAUGAGGCUUCUUAAUGUACUUGUUGUGCUGCUGGGCACACUGAGUAGCAUCCAUGUGAAUGGAGCCAUUGUGCCACCGGCAUGGGCUGAUCCUGCAAGAAAUCCCUGUGCUGCACGUCCUGGUGGGUGGCAGUUGCUCUUCUGGCAACCUCUGCAGCAGUGCUUCCGUAUCUUUCAACUGGGAUUCCCCUGCCCAGACACAAUGGAAUUGAGCCCAUCCCCAUCGGGUGUUGGGGCAGAAUGUCGAUGCCCACCAGGAACUGCUCAGAGUCCCCUCACGACAAAUUGUCAUCGUCUCUUUGCACGUGAACCGUGUGAUGCUGGACAAUUUUUUGCCCCACGUCCUGAUCCCGUUGGUAAGACUGCGGGAAAAACUUCUCAUGGCCGUUGGGGUGUCUGCCGAAGUCCCAGUGAAUGUGGCAGUGGGGAGAUCUUUUGGCCACCCGAUGGGAAAUGCUAUGGGAAACUUACACGAGGACCCUGCCCAAGGGGGAAGCUUCUCACGGAAGGAAAGGAUGGCCUAGCAGAGUGUCAAUGCGCUGAUUCGGGACAUUUAGCACCCUUCUUCCACUUAGCUGAUGAACUCUGCUAUGAACACUUCACACGGGGUCCCUGUGCUGAAGGAGAACUCUUCCUGCCUACCGGUGAUUGUGGAUGUCGCCGGAAUUUACCUCAAUUUCACAGGGAGUCCGGUGAGUGUUUUGAAUUGGACACAACGGGUCCUUGUCCACUGGGGCAUGUCUUUCAAGUUGAAGAAGAUGGCACUGAGGCAAAAUGCAAAUGCCGCGAAGGGAGUGUGUUGUGGCCCGAUGAUGGUGCCUGCUACCGUGCCUUCACUCGUGGCCCAUGUGAAUCAGGACAAUUUCUCAUAGCAGCAAAUGCCACCUGUGUGAUGAAUCCCUGCGCCAAGGGGGAACUAUUCUUUCCCACCGAUUCCUCUUGUCAUCGCAUCGGUACCCAAGGGCCGUGUGAUCUCAAUGCCGUCGUUGUGUUUGACUUCACUGCACGCCCAUCCAUUGAUGGGGUAUCCUACAAUGGUGUCUGUGGCUGUGCCGGCAUCGUGACAACCCUCUCUCAGACGUGCAGUGAACGUGAACCCCAAGCUAGUGCAUGUCGUGGUUCUCCAGGGAUGGCUGAAGUGGCCGGUGAAUGCCAUAAACUCUAUUCACGCGGACCCUGUGGCCCAGGUGAGUGGCUUGUACCAUCAAAGGGUUCCAUUGGAAGGGCAACGUGUGCAUGCAAACCCGAAUAUAAGCGCUUUGAGGCGGCAAAUGGUGUCCGUGGAUGUCAUGCACCCAGCGUGGGAAUAGCUCGUUACCUCAAUCGACGUAUUCAGAGCAAAGCCCAAAAAAUUGCCUUCAAACAGAGAACUUCUCAAUGAGAUUAGCUCACUUUCCUUCCCUUGAAUUUGACGGAGAUUUUAAUGAAGUUACCACAACAGGAAGGAAAAUGAGUAUUCUUGUGAUUUUUUUCCCUUAUAUAUAAAUUACCUUGUAAAUGGAGAAGACAAAAAAGAGAGAAAAUAAAUAAAAACUUAAGGAAUAGAAUAAUAAAAUUACCAACAGUUCUUGCAUAAAA